CCGGAAGUAGAUUUCUGCAGCGUCCACAUCAUGGUCCACAUGUGUCUGAAGUUUAUCCCAAACUGAGAUAAACAUGGAAUAAACUCCUCCAGGAGUGAAGAUGCUGAGCGACGCUGAAGCCUCGGAGCUGCUGAGCUUCCUCUCCUCCGGCUCCAGAGCUGACGUGAAGGGAACGGCCACAGAGUUCCUGCUGGGACUGUCUGGACACCGGGACGGCUGCCGGUUCCUCCGGGCCAGACCAGACCUGGUCUCGGCCGUGUUCGCGCUGACGUCGGACCCGUCCAUCGCCGUGGCCAAAGACUCGUACCGGGUCGUCAUCAACCUGUCGGCCGACGAGACGCUGCACCAGGUCCUGGUGUCGGAGGUCCGGGUUCUGCCGGUCCUGCUCAGGAACCUCCAGGACCCGGACUACGCCCUGGCGGAUCACGUCUGCACCGUCCUGUCCAACCUGACCCGGCACCAGAAGACCUGCAGGACCGUGUUCCAGGUGCUGCAGGAGGAGCUGACGUUAGCGAAGCUGGUGGAGAUUUUCUGCAGCAACGGCUACAACCAGAAGAACCACUUGCAUUACCUGGGACCGGUUCUGUCCAACCUGAGCCAGCUGCCGGAGGUCCGGACCGUCCUGCUGGACCGGGACAGGUGUGUCAUCCAGAGGCUGCUUCCUUUCACCCAAUACCGGGCCUCGGUGGUGAGGAGGGGCGGAGUCACGGGGACGCUGCGCAACUGCUGCUUCGACCACAGUCAGCACGACUGGUUGCUAGGCGACGGCGUGGACAUCCUGCCCUUCCUGCUGCUGCCGCUGGCCGGGCCUGAGGAGCUGAGUGAGGAGGAGAACGAAGGUCUCCCCGUGGACCUGCAGUACCUGCCGGAGGACAAGGAGCGGGAGGAGGACCCGGACAUCCGGAAGAUGCUGCUGGAGACGCUGAUGCUGCUAACGGCCACCAAAGCGGGACGGAAGACGCUGAAGGACAGGAACGUGUACGCCGUGGUGAGGGAGCUGCACCGCUGGGAGAAGGACGUCCACGUGGGAGCGGCCUGUCAGAAACUGGUGGAGGUUCUGAUCGGGGACGAGCCGGAACGAGGGAUGGAGAACCUGAUGGAGGUGCAGAUCCCGGAGGACGUGGAGGAGAAACUGAAGGAGGCCGACGAAAAAGAGAGGGAGGAGCUGGAGAGAGAGGAGGAGGAGAAGAGGAGGGAGGAAGAGGAGAGACGGGAAGAGGAGGAAGAGGAGGAGAAGAAGUAGAGACGGAGGGGGAAGAGGAGCAGAGGAGAUUGGAGGAGGAGGAGAAGAGGAAGGAAGAGCAAGAGUCAUUCAGUGUGUCAUCGCUGGUUUACAAUAAAUCUGCUUUGUUUUUAUUUCAGUCAACAGUUAAAAUAAAGAGAAAUAAGACUUUUCUAAACUCCCUGAACCAGAGCUGGAUUUGUUGCAGCAGAUACUGAACUAUUAAAGACACGAUAUGUAGUAAAUCCCUGUCUCAUAGAGGGAGCAAAGCGGCGUUUGCCUGGCCCAAUUGAACAUGUUUUAAUUUCACCGUGCGCGCUGUGACGACAUCUCAGCUCGUCCAAUAGGAGAGAAGGAGGUGGAGGGAGAAAAAAACCUUGCAGCUUGUAGAUCAGACGAUCAAGAUGGAAUAAAGAAUGAUCUUAGCUGUGAGUCUGUGUGAGCAGCGGUGGAAUACGAGACUGCAGGAAUAUCCUGACCUCAAUAAGGGACAAAAGUGGAGAGAAAUCUCCCAGAAUUUGGACAAACCAGGUGUUUAAAAGUGGUAGAAAUGUGAUAUUCUUUUGCUCUUUUAACAAUAAAAUGUUAGCUUAAAAUAAAAUAUAGCAUUGUCAAGCCUCAUAUCAGGUUCAGGUAAACAUUAACAAUUAACAAACAUUUAGUUCAGAUAAAA